CUAUUUCUAAGUCCCUGAGUUUAAGAUACUAUAGAAUGAUUGGUACUAAAAUAUCUGCAAAAGUUUUUCAUGCACUGAAGCAUUUGCGAGUUCAUGGUUUUCGUGGAAGUGUGCUGCAAAGAAAAAAUACAGGAAGUUACAAAUACGUUAUCUCUGCGUUUUCAGGUUCAGUGAUAUCAUUCCUUGGUGGUUUGGCAUACAUUGUAGUUUAUUCUAAAUCAGAAAAUGAACCAAAGAAAAAAAUCGUUGUGCUUGGUUCUGGUUGGGGUGCUGUUAAUUUUAUUCGAUCGUUAAAACCCGACGAAUAUGAUGUGGCAAUUGUGUCACCUCAGAAUUAUUUUUUAUUCACUCCAUUGUUACCAGGAGUAACAGUUGGUACUGUCGAGGGAAGAAGUAUUGUUGAGCCAAUUAGAAAGAUAAUUACAAGGAAACAUAAAUCCGGUGUUAAAUUUUACGAAGCAGAAUGUACAGAGGUGAAAGUCCAAGACAACAAAGUUGUUUGCACAGAUUUAUCAGAUAUUGUUGGAAGGCAACAGGAGUUCACACUCGGUUAUGAUUACCUUGUUGUCGCCGUGGGGGCACAGACCGCGACUUUCAAUAUCAAAGGCGUGGCUGAAAAUACACAUUAUCUUAAGAAUGUGAAACAGGCACAAGAAAUUCGCAAAAAUAUCAUGGACUCCUUUGAAACUGCUAAUAUGCCAGGACAGCCAGACCAUGAAAUUCGUAGACUGCUCCAUUUUGUUGUCGUUGGCGGAGGACCAACAGGUGUUGAAUUUGCUGCAGAAUUGAGAGACUUCCUCAAAAGUGAUUUGACAAGAUUCUACCCCAAAGAAUUAAUCGAAAAAUCACAGAUUACGUUAGUUGAUGGAUUAAAUAAAAUUCUUAACACUUAUUCUGAAGAGAUUAGCCGCUAUACUGAAAGUCAUUUCAAGAGAGAAGGUAUUAAUGUUAUAACCAAUACAUUUGUCACUGGUGUGGAAUCAAACUUGAUGCAUUUGAUGGAUUCUAAAACUAAAGAAGUGAAGUCAAUGGGGUAUGGUAUGUGUGUUUGGUCUGCUGGCAACGCACCUAGAUCUAUCACGAAGAAGAUCAUGAACGAAGUGCCAGGCCAAACAAAUAGAAUGGGGUUAAUUACAGAUAUAUUUUUGAAAGUGAAAAACACUGAGAAUGUGUUUGCAGUUGGUGAUUGUGCCACGAUCCAAAAUGAAAAAUUGGUGGAUUAUAUUGACGACUUGUUUAACGAAGUCGAUGUAAAGAAAACUGGAGAACUCGAUUUUGAUCAGUUUGAAGAUGUGUUGGAAAGUGGAAUGAAGAAAUGUCCUCAUUUAUGUCAUCAAUUUAAGGAGAUAGAAGAUUUGUUUGACCAAGCUGAUCGAAACAAAUCCAAAAAAAUAUCACGUGAUGAAUUUCGUACGUUUGCAUUGGAAGUUGAUGCCGUACAAACUGCUCUCCCUCCUACAGCGCAAGUAGCUACUCAAGAAGGUAAAUACCUUGGCAAACUACUUAGUGACCAUGAGAUGGAGAUCUCGAUGAAUUUCAUGGACCAUGUUGUUCCAUUUCGAUAUGACCAUCUGGGUUCAUUCGCUUAUGUUGGGAAAAAUCGAGCUGUUCUGGAAUUACCAUUGGUCGGUGCUUUUAAAGGCUGGUCGACCAUGUGGUUAUGGCGUGGCGCUUACGCAAGUGAAGCCGUCAGUCUGCGCAUGCGUGUUUUGAUCUUGUUUGAUUGGAUAAAAUCGUACGUGUUUGGUCGAGAUAUAUCUCGUAUUUGAAUUAGUAUACUUCACACGUUUUUAUCUCACUGCAUUAACCAAUCCUGUUUGUGCAUUUACAGUACUACGUCUGUGGGGACGAAAAAUGGAAAGAAAAUUUGGUACCAACGAGCGGUUGUUUGGCUACUACGUUGUACUUGUUCUGAAUUUUAGUGGUGUUAUUACUAACCAAAAUGCGUGACGAACAGAGAACUUGAUUAAAUUUAGAGUGCUUUACGUGAAAUGCUGUAUUGUCAUUAAAUGUGAACGGCUGUUUCAAAGAUUGCAAUUAACCCAACCCAUACAACACUGUAUACCUGUGAGCCACAAUCCAUACAACACAGGGGAGACUUCACCUUUUGCUGGGUAUUAAACAAUAUAUUGUGAAAUGCUCGAAAAGUCCAUUUAGAGUCGUUGAGCCUAUAACAUGCACUUAUAACUUCAUUUUGUUAAGAUUUAUUACCAGUUAACCAUUGGUGUAUGAAGAUGAAUCAAGAAUGAAUAUGAAAAAUCUGUGACGAAGAAAUAGUUUAAAAAACGAUUGGACCAGCGCUUGCUUGUGUUCUUGCGGUGUGUAUGAAGAUCGCUGUAGUGUGAAAUGAGUUUGUAAUAUAGUGAAUAACAAAAAAGAAUAAAUUAAAUAAAACCACAGAAACUUCUGUUUUCUUGUGGUUGUUUUUUCUGGGA